AUGUAUUACGGAACAGGUGUUCUAUUCUGCCAAGACAUUCGUGAAAAAAGAAGCUUGAGUCUCAAUAGUAAAAGUAUAGAAAACUAUUCAAAUAUCAACCGAGCUGAUAAUGAUGCCACCACAACAUCACCUUUACUGGGAUCGUAUAACAAUGUUGCUGAUUUUGAUGAGGUCGAUCAAAAUAGUUUGGCGGAUGAAUUCGUUCCACAAUAUUACUUAUUUCGUCCCUCGGACACGCUAAUACCAGGAAGUGCAUUCGAUAACCAGGGAAAUAGUAUAGAAAGAUCUGCACCAUUUGAGAACUAUAAUGAUUAUUUGGACCCACGCGGAAAAAAGUUUUUUCCAGUUUUUCCACUAAGAUCAAGCCCAAAGAGAGCUCCAUCAGGAUUUUUAGGUUUGAGAGGAAAAAAAUAUUACAAUGGAAUAAAACGCGCACCCCUAGGUUUUACAGGAAUGCGUGGUAAAAAGCGGGAUGAAACUGCUGAUGCUGACUUUUACGAUUUGCUGCAAAAGGAAAGAAACUUACUUGAUGCUGUUAACGACAUAUACUCUAGCGAUAAAGAACUAAGCUCAAGCGACGAGUCAUUUUUAUAUGGUGAAAAGCGUGCUCCGUACGGAUUUGUAGGUCUGCGUGGCAAAAAGGCCUUUGAUCAAACAGGUUUGCUUUGGGAAGUAAAACGAGCUCCAUCUGGAUUUGUAGGUUUACGAGGUAAAAGACAAAUCACUUUAGGCGUUCAUGAAGAAAACCUUAGUAGCCCAUAUUCCUCAUCAUUAGCAUCUAAUGGAGAAAAGGAGUCUAAGAUAACAAUGGUCAAAUAAAUUGUACAUCGUAAAGUGGAUAAAGAUGCUGCUACCUAUGAAAAUCGGUACAUAAGCGAAGAGAUUAGUAACCUGGCUGAUAGUAAGAAUAGUAUAUGAAAAGGAAUAUCAAAUAAUUACCGUGAAUAAAUAGUAAUGCAAAAGCAAAUUGUUAUUUAAUAGCAAACACA